AUGGCUCCCGCCAAACCGGUCAAGAACAUCAAGCUCAACGUUCCUCGACAUAAUGCCCAAAGAGUCAAUGCGAAGCUGAGUUUAGAGGUGAAGAACCAGGCGAAGGACCUGGGGGUCUCGGUGGAUACUGCUCAGCCAAGCUCCAGGUUGACCCAAGCUAUCGAAAGUGCAUCGGAAUGGAAUUCUAUGCUUAUGACUGCGAGGGCCGAACGAGGUCCGCAAUGGGACGUUGGAACCCAACAGUUCCUCGUUGAUAAAUAUUCAGAUCUUUACUAUGACCCUACACCCCUUCGCGCUGCUGUCAAGAAAAUGACAGACGACGAGGACAGCGGGGACGCUCCUCGACAACCUCAACAGCAAGCCUCCUCCCAGCCUCACCAAGGGCACCAAGGACAUCAAGGACACCAACAAUCCUUCCAACUGCAACAACCCUCCAUGCCUUCCCGUCACCACACACCAUCCCGACGCGACAUGGGUGAAUACCCUAUGGGCCCAUCUCACAUGCGCGAGCACUCGCCACACCGACCGCCUGGCGCCCCACCAGGCAACUUCAACUACCCUGGAUCACCAGGCAUGAACAUGAACAUGGGCAUGGGCAUGCGUGGUCCUCCUGGUGGCGGGCCGGGGCCGUAUCCUGGCCCCGGUGCGGGAGGCGGAGGUGGUGGUGGUGGACCACCGUUCAACCCCGCCUCCGGCCAGUUUAUCGGCGGUGAUCCCACAAGUGGUGGCUCUCCAAUGAGGAUGGGUCCUGGAAUGGGGAACAUGAGCAUGGGCGGCGGUGGUAUCAAUCCCAUGGGUGGAGGAAUGCGACCUGGAAUGGGCGGCAUGGGUGGUGGGAUGAGCACUGGAGGUAUGCCAAUGGGUGCCGGUAUGGGGGCUGGGGGUAUGGGUGGCAUGGGUGGCGGUAGUGGCAUGGGCAAUAUGGGGGGAAUGGGACCAGGAAUGGGUGGAAUGGGUGGUAAUAUGGGAGGCGGCAGUAUGGGCGGUGGUGGUAUGGGAGGGAUGGGAAAUAUGGGAAGUAUGGGUGUUGAUCCCAGUGUUAUGGGUGGUAUGGGGAUGGGGAUGAAUAUAUCCCCCAGUCCAAUGAGAGGCAUACCUGAUGGAGGUUUCCCUAUGCACUAG